AUGAGUGGCCAAAGAACCGGCAGCACCCAUCAGGCCAAACGCCCGCGACUCGGCGAGCGCACCAUGUUGGCCUGCAUCGGCUGCAAGCAAAAGAAGCUCAAGUGCGACGGACAAAGUCCCAAGUGCCAGAACUGCGUGAGGACUGGACGAGACUGCCUGGUAGAAGACCCCGGCACCGGCUUACAUCGCCCGCGCGACUACAUGAAGUCGCUGGAGGCCCGCGUUGCCUAUCUCGAAGGUCUCUUACAGCAGGCCCGGCCCGAAGUCGCUCUCGAUCACUUUGGUGCCAAUCACGAGGGUGGUGGCAGUCGUGGUCGUGAAGCAAACCAAAACGCCGCCGCCGCUUCGCACAACGGCGGUCCCACGCAAGCAAUGCCCAUCAUGCACAUGCCAUCUGCCCUCGCCCCGAACCUCCAGGCUCAGCCUUCAUCAUUCGAAGACGUGGACUUCUCGCGGGCAUUACGUGCGCCUUCUCCAGAUGUUGACGACCAUCAUGUCGAUACCUUGUCGUCAGAGGUUGCGUUGCUCUGUCUAAGCGCGGCCGGCCGGGAGCCGCAUUACUUUGGUCCUUCUUCCGCUGUUUCCUUUUCGCGCAUCGUCAGCGCGACCAUGGGCCUUGCCAGCACUGGCGGGAGCUCGCAGCAUAGCCAUGCAGGCCGGGGAAAGGAUAUCAAUCCGGAAGUUGUCCGAGAGGUUCCGUUGAGGUUACCGUCGCCGAUACUGAGGGCAAACUUGUCAGAAGCGUACUUUAACAACAUACAUCCCCAGUACCCAUUUCUGCAUAAGCCGACGUUCCGGAUUUGGGAAGAGACAUGUCUAAAGGCGAGUCUCGACGGAGAUCUGAGCAGUGUCAACGGAUCAACACUUUUCUUCGUGUUAAUGGUAUAUUCAAUAGGGUCUUUAGUCCUUGGUCAAAACCAUUAUGAUGCUGCUGAGGCUUACUAUUCAAUGGCCUUGGAUCACAUCUCGGCAGUCUUGGACCUUGACAGCCUAGAGUCCAUCCAGGCAAUACUAGCCUGUGCUGUGUAUUCUAUCAGAUCACCUGUUGGUGUAAGUCUGUGGAAAGUCUCUGGUAUGGCUAUACGCCAUUGUAUCGAGCUCGGCUACCACCGAAGUGCCGAGAGAUAUCACAGAAAUACAGAUGCUUUGACUAAGGAGAUGUCCAAGAGGUGUUUCUGGGUCGCGUAUGACAUUGACAGAGUCGUUGCGUUUACACUAGGCCGCCCAGUUGGUAUUCCGGACGAUUCUAUCGAUGUUGAGUUACCACUGGAUAUCGAUGAUGAGAAUGUGACUUCGGGAGGACUCUUGUCAGCCUCACGAACAUCCAAUACAGACCCGCCGACACUCAUGACCGGCUUCAUCCACGCUAUCAAACUAAGACGGCUGUGGACGAAGAUCAGCGACAACCUAUAUCCCCCCACGACUCGACAUUGCGGCUGCGGAAAUACAGCUACAAUAGAGAGUCUCCGCCAUGAACUGGAGGAGUGGCGUGCAAAGACUCCCGAUCAGCUAAACUACUCAAGGGCGCACCCACUGUCAGUCUUCACCUCUCGCUCCUGGUUCCAACUCGCUUACGACCACUCGAUCCUAUUGCUAUACCGCCACUACAUGAUGGGAGGAUCAUCCGCAGCAAACCAGUCUACGGCGGACAACACCGGUCACGGAGGAAACCUCAACGACAACGAAGCCACGGAGCGGGUGCUGGAAGAGUGCGCGGUGCGCGCGAGGGAGAUGUGCAUGCUCUACCGCCGCGUUUACCAGUCCUCCUCGGUCCAGUUCACCUGGGGCAGCCUGCACAUCCUCUUCCUGGGCGGGCUGACGUAUCUCUACUGCCUAUGGCGCUCCAAGCGCGUCCGGGACUCGACGAGGCAGGCUGAUGUGGUGACGACGUGUAUGGCGUGCACCACCGUUCUUAUUAUCAUUGCCGAGCGUUGGAACCUGGCGACGUCGUACCGGGAUAUGUUUGAGGCGCUGUCGCAGAGGACGAUCAGUAUGGUUUGUAAUGAUGGGCAGAAACCGGCGGCGGCGGCGGCGCCGAGUGGUAACACUUCCUUGCCUGCGAUUGAGUCGGGCCCGGUAGCGGGAGAUAUGCAUGCCGCUUUUGGUGGUGGUGCGGCGCCGUCGAUGCAGGAUUGGAUUAUGGGAUUGGACGACUUGUCGAUUCCGCAAGAGUCGGAGUGGCUGGUGCAAGAGUUGCUUCAAGGUGUUCGAGAUUAUUAG